AUGACCCCGAGGGGCAGGGCUGGGUGGCUGCCUUCAGCUCUGCUGCUGCUCCAGCUCCCAGGCUGUUUGUCCCUGAGUGGCCCCCAGAGCGUGACAGGCAUUGUGGGGGGAUCCCUGAGCGUGGAGUGUCGGUACCAGGAGGCAUUCGUGGACGACAUCAAAUACUGGUACAAACACCCGUGUGUGUCACCGAGGAAGAUUGUAGAGACCAGAGAGUCAGAGAGAGAAGUGAGGAGAGGCCGCGUGUCCAUCAGAGACCGUCCUACAAGCCUCACCUUCACAGUGACCUUGGAGAGCCUCAGAGAGGAGGAUGCGGGAACGUACUGGUGUGGGAUCGAUGUGCCACUUUCACGUGACCCCACCUUCCAGGUGGAGGUGUCUGUGACCCCAGUCUCUAUGACAACCACCAGCCCCAAGAGGUCCACAAGCACCCCAGAGUCUCCCACGAGCCUGCCAGUGCCCACCUGGAGCACCGUGUCCGGGCAGGAAGCCCCUGAUCCCGGCCAAGCUCAUGGGCUCCUGCUGGGCAGCGCCCACUUCCUGCUGCUGGUCCUCCUGAAGGUGCCCCUGCUCCUGGGCAUGCUCGGUGCUGUCCUCUGGGUCCACAGGCCUCUGAGGAGCUCUGCGGACCGGCAGAGUCAGUCCAUUUACGAGAACUGGGAGCCCCCGUGUUCAUCGUGUCCUGUUCGAUGA